CCAUGACCGAGUACGGCGUCGACGUCUCUACCCAGACGCGCGUGCUCCGGCGCUGGGCGCCCCGGCACUUGGUGCUACGAGGCCAAACGCUCACGCUCUAUGACGGCGCCGCCCUCUGCGAGACGCAUGCCAUGGCGCAGUGCCACGUCACGGCGCUGCCCCCGGAGCCCCCGACCCGUUGCUUCUUGCUCGAGCUGCGCUUUGCCUCGAAGAAGACCCUUCGCAUCCUUGCCGACAAUGCCAUUCUUCAUGCGCGGCUCAAGACCAUCUUGGAGGCCGCUGCAACGAGCGACCGGUACACCCUCCCGCCCUUCUCGGACGCCGACCGUCUUUUGUGCGUUGCCGCCACCGUCACGGAGCGGGCCAAGCACCGCCGAGUCCCAUCCAGCGGCCUCACUCCUGCGCAUAUCCAAGCAUAUGUAGCUCGUCUCAAGCGGAUCGUCGACCGGGACUUCGCCGGCGUCGCGUCGCCCGAAGCGCUCUACGCCAAACUCGUCGACCUUGAAGCCACGUACGUCGUUAAUUACCGUGAUGACACGCAUUGCGUCACCGAGUCGUUCCCGCACCUUGCCUACCAGCUCGACGCACUCAACUUUGCGCUGGGGCACAACCCGUCUCGCGCUACGCCAAAUGCCGACGUCAUUGGCGUCUGCACCUUUUGCAAGCGCGAGCUCGAGCCGUGGAAAGCGCGCAUCAUGUACCAGCGCAACCAAACAGCGCAGUGCGGUCACUGCAACGAGUACGUCGACGUACAGACGUACUACAAGCGUUGCUUCGACACGAGAGCGUUCGACAUGCCGCUGCGCGACGUCUUGGCACAGUGCCCGCACAGGCAUUGCCGACGACCUUUGGAGUUGCGCCUCGUGUAUGCGCUCCACGUACAUGACGAGGCCGUGACGUGCCCUUGUUGCAGCCACACGCUUUUGUACGAAACGUUUCAAAUUGCGCUCUUCCAGCGUGAGCACCCGUACCUCGAGUGGAUCAGCGACUUUACCACGCAAAAAGAAGUCAUGAGUCGACUCGCGGUGCCCCGCGACCUCCCGAUCGACGGCCGCUGGGACACAUACCUCCGAACGCUCCUUGGCUGCAUUGAUGCACGCACCAAGACCAAGCCGCCAAUAAGCCGCAUCGAAGCAUAUGCGCUCAAAGAACAAGUGCAGUCGAAAGCCGGCGCGAUUCGCGCCAACGCGCUCGGUGCGUUUCCCAUCGAUCUGGUGCGCGCCAUGGUCCACGAGUUGCGACUUCUGAGCGUCCUAUUGGCCCACGACACGUACUGGGCGACGCCACCAAUCGCGGCGGCGGCCAUCGCGCGCUACGAACACUUUAUGGCGCUGCAAAAGGGGACGACGCUGACACCGACGCUGGACAUUGCCGUUGCGUGGUGCGCCCACCGGACGCAGCCGUCGGCCUACGUCGCUUACUCGACAACGGUUGCCGGUGCUGUCGUGGCGUCCUCUACCGGGACUGACGCCACGUACGCUGAAACGUGCACUCUGUGGACCAAGGCGUACGGCGAGGCGUACUCGUCGUUUGUGCCGACAACUGGCGACGGAAAAUGGCUCGUGCCCCGGGGCGACUCGCGCUUCUUUGGCGUUGACGACGCGCUGCCGCGAUCCAAGCACAACGAUGACAACGGCGACGACCGUGCGCUGCGCGGUGUCAUUGGCACUCCGAUCUUUGACACGCGCGUCGCGUCAUCGAAACUGUACCUCCUCCUUCCCCACUCUAGUGCUUCGCCCUAAGACUUGUAGUACACUACUAGUAUAUUUUAUUCGUUUAGUGCGA